AUGAGGUGCGGUGUGGCGUGCGUCCUGUUGGCACUUGUGCUGUGCUGCGUGCACUUGUCGCUCUCUGAGGCAGCUGCGCCAUCGUCUGCUCGUACUCGUGCUUCCGUGGCUGAUGGUGCUCCUGUUGCGAAUGCUACUCCUGCAUUGGUGCCGGAUAAUAUAAAUGAAGUGCUGGAGACAGCCCUGAAAGCAAAGCUGAAGGCGCAGGCAGAGUUGACGGAGGCCAGAGGGUACUGCCUGGAAGCGAAGCAGAGCUCUGAUAAGGCGUUGGAGGAUGAGAAGAAGGCUGAGGAGAUUUUGAAGAAGCUUGACGAGGGGGCCGUUGUGCUGAGCAGGUCGCUGCUGCAUGCGAAGGAAGCUACCAAGGAGGCUGAGGGCGCUUUGAAGGAAUGCUUGGAAGCGGAGAAGGCAGCAGAGGCAGCAGAGGGGGAGACGCACAAGGCCGUGCACGGGUUGCUGGAACUCACGAUGGACAGGUGGAAGGAGCCAAAGGAUGGUAAUAUGCUGAAGCAGGCGGCGAAUCAGACUGCGCUCGCCGUGCAGAAGGCGGAUGAGGCGGAGAGGUACUCUGAUAAGGCGGCAGCCGCGGCGGAGAAAACUCAUGCAGCAGCCGAGAGAGCCGCAACGGCGCAGAGCUUAGCGCACGAUGUUGUCGUGACGGCAACGGCGCUGCUGCGUAAACGCGAAGCCGAGGAGAAGAGGCGACAGGCGAAGGAGCGAGCAGAUGCUGAGGCUGCGAGACAAGCUGCUGUUGCUGAGGUGAUGGAGAAGUUCUCUGUGAAGCAGGCGCCUAAUGAAGCUUCCUCAGACAGUAACGCAGCAGGAGCUUCUGCGUCCGGGGCGGGAGAGGGGAAGUCCGGUACCACACACAGGAAGAAUGCGGUGGGUGCGGCGGACGGCAGCGGCAUUCCACUGUUGUCGCGUGCAUCGCUUUUGCUGACUGCUGCUGUGGCAUUCAUUGGUUGCCUCUUCGUGUGUUAG